UGCAAGGAGCCAGCUUAGCACAUUCCCUCCAGGAGAAGUAGCGGUGUCUCUCCUCCCUGCUGCCCCCUCAUGCUAUGCUGUCUGACGGCUUUACCUCUUGACGCGGAUCGGGACGUUGCGACAGCUGGAUAACACCACCUCGUCUGACCCAGCGAUGGGCGCUAAUGGAUAUCUGAGGGUCUCUGUGCCUUGUUAAGCAUCCGAGGAAAACCCUCCAGCGGCUAGCUAAACAGCGGUUAGCAUUAGCCGGUGAAAAAAAACAAACCAUUUCCCCGGAAGGAGGCCGCCGCAGUACCGGGUGGGGAUUUGUAUUUCUUGUCCCACUGAUCCUAAAACAAAGCUGACAUUAACUUUAAACUGAUUUUGUUUCCUGGUAAGAAUGGAGUCCACUUUAAGCAACGAGGAAUGCUUGGCAACUGUGAAAGCUCAGGAGCUGAGGUCUGGCCACAAGGAGCCCAGACUACUGUCACUUAUUGAACGCAAUGGAGACUUUAUAUUGGGUGUUUUGGCCACGCCUGAUGUCGUCGUGUCUGGUCCAGUGGCCCAGUUAUCCAUUCCUAUAAACCAUAAGUUUGAAAUUAUACGAGAAGCUGAAGAGGCUCUUCUUAUCGACUUCUCUGACAAUCCGUCUAUUAAAAUCCGACUAAAAGGAGAAAAGGCUCCAGAGCUGAUGCUUGAACUCCAGGAUGACGAGCGGACUCAGACGUUCUUAACCCAGGUGAAAAGUGCUCAAGAGCGAGUUGCAGCCAAACCAAGUAAACCUAAAGCGAUGGAGCCCCUCACGCCAGCAGCCUACAGAGGCCCCGUCCCCAUACCGCCACAAAGGCCAACAAAGACAGCUAACAGCUUUCCUGGUGGAGACAAUCAAGCUAAAAGUAUCAAAGCUCCAGUGUCCAACCUCAAUAAUACAGCAGCAAAUCAUAAUUCUACAGAUUAUGCAUAUGUGGACAGUUUAAAGAACACCGUUAAAGUGGAAGAGAAGAAGAAUCAACAGAAUCGCAUUGUUGCCUCCAGGGAGCCGCCUCCUAUCCCCACUCUACCUCCCCGUAAAGCAUCCUUCCCUCCAUCCAACCCUCUUCCUCCUGCACCCAUCCCAAAGGAGUCCUCUGCAGCCCUACAGGCCAGAGGCAGCUCCGUUAUACCCAACACCAAGUCAGAUUUACCAAACUCUACAUCUUGCUUUGACAGUUUCUUUAUCGGUACCUGGAAUGUUAACGGGCAAACUCCAGACAGCAGCCUUGAGCCCUGGCUCUGCUGUGACUCGGAUCCUCCUGAUAUUUAUGCCAUUGGUUUUCAAGAGUUGGACCUGAGCACUGAGGCGUUUCUCUACAUGGACUCGUCCAAAGAGCAGGUGUGGAUAGAAGCUGUGGAGAGAGCAUUGCAUAAAAAAGCUGACUAUAAAAUGGUGAGUAAAGUAACUGUAGUAAUCUGGCUUGGAGACCUAAAUUACCGUCUCUUCAUGUAUGAUGCAUCAGAAGUCAAAAGGCUCAUUGCUUCGAAUGCGUUGAAGAAGCUGCAGGAGUAUGACCAGUUGAACAUUCAGAGGCAGACCAAAAGAGCCUUUACAGACUUCAUGGAGGGAGAGAUUAACUUCAUUCCCACAUACAAGUAUGACAACAAGACGGACCGAUAUGACUCGAGUGGGAAGUGCCGAAUCCCUGCAUGGUGUGAUAGGAUUCUUUGGAGGGGCAGCAACGUCCAGCAGCUUAAAUACAGAAGUCACAUGGAAAUGAGAACCAGUGACCAUAAGCCUGUCAGCUCACUCUUCAAAAUUGGGGUGAAAGUUGUUGAUGAGAAUCGCCAAAAAAAGGUGUUUGAGGCCAUUGUUCGAGACAUGGAUCGAUUGGAAAACGACUGCCUUCCCUCGGUCUCUCUGAGCAGGUUUGAGUUUACGUUUAAAGAUGUUAAAUUCCGGCAGCUUCAGAAGGAGCGCUUCGUUAUUACAAACGAUGGGCAGGUUCCCUGUCACUUUGCCUUCAUCCCCAAACCAAAUGAUCCAAACUAUUGCAAGCCGUGGCUGCGUGCAGAGCCAAACAAAGGAUUCUUGGAGCCAAGUGAGGCGCUGGAAAUCUAUCUGGAGGUGUACGUCAGUAAAGACUCGGUCACCCUGCUUAACUCUGGACAAGACACUAUUUACGACAUACUGGUGCUCCACUUGGACCGUGGCAAAGACUACUUCAUCACCAUUUCCGGGAACUACCUGUCCAGCUGUUUUGGCACUUCGCUUGAGACUUUGUGUCGCAUAAAGAAGCCAGUCAGAGAGGUCGAGAAUCUCAUCGACCUGGGAGAGGACAGCGAUACGGAAAAGGAAAAGUGCAUGAACUUUCUGCUGGUGGAUGGAGGAAGUCCUGAGGAUAAACCUCUGAAGAUUCCUAAGGAGGUUUGGAUCCUGGUUAACCACCUUUUCACCAAAUCCUGUGAUCAGGAGGACUUGUUCCAGACCCCAGGUCUACAGGAGGAGCUCCAGAGCAUCAUUGAUUGUCUGGACACCAGCAUCCCAGAGUAUUUGCCUGGUUGUAACCACUCUGUAGCUGAAGCUCUGCUGAUAUUUCUGGAGGCUUUGCCGGAGCCGGUGGUGUGUUAUGAACUGUACCAGCGGUGCCUUGACAGCUCUCAUGACAGCCGCCUCUGCAAGCAGCUGAUCUCCCAGCUGCCCCGUGCUCAUCGGAACGUGUUUCGCUACUUGGUUUCUUUUCUUAAAGAACUGCUAAGGCACUCAAACAACAACAACCUAACAGCUAGCCUCAUAGCUACCCUCUUUGCCAGCCUCCUCAUCCGACCGCCGCCUAACGUGGCCAGCAGGCAGUCGAGUCAAGACCGACAGAAAGCCAUCAACUUUAUCCUUGGUUUCCUCAUGUCUGGAGACGAGGACUAACAGGGGAGUCCUCAUGGCGGAGGGCUGGCUUUGGUGUUUAUGCUCACCUCUGCUUCUUCAGUGCAAUUAUCCCAGACAUGCUUUUUAAUUCUGUCAUCCGUCGGAGACCAGAGCGCUCUCGCUGCACCUUACCUUCCACCAUCCCAGUUAUUAGAGGCAUCAGGGACGUCCCAGAUUUUUAGCAACUAUCAUGUCUUCUUUUCACACACGCUGAUGCCCCGUUAAAAGAUCUGGAUGGAUAGAGAUGGACUGAUGCUAUGCACUUUGCAUUCACUUAAGGAAGAAUUCCCUCAGAAGAGAUUGGUCCUCGCUGUCUGAUGACUUUUUUUUUUUUUUUUGAAGGUGCUCAUGCCAAAACCAGUGAGUGGAGUGAAUAUGGAAACACUGUGUGUGUGUGUAUAUAUCUAGAAAGACUCACACUAAAGACAGGAAUGCCACUUCCUGAAGUGGUAGAAGUUAAAUACUGCUUUUGUAAGCAUACUGAUGUGUCAUGUCUUUUGAAACGACUCAUUUACUAAGAAUGAUUAUGCUUAAGAUGAGUAAUGACAAUCAUAUGUUGCAUUUUAGCUGAGGAGACAAUAGAAUUUAUUGGCUAACAUCUGUUGUAUUUUAACUGUUAUUUAUAUAUUUGUUCCACAGAGUUUUGCACCAUUUAAACUUUCUCUUUUUUUUUUGUCUAGUUUUAUUUACUUGUGUGCCGGUAUUACAGAAAGCAUGAGGUUUUGCUUUGUUUUUCUGUAAGCACAGCUGUCCUCAUUACCUUCAGUUCUGUAUUUACAGAGGUUUAUUACACUAAAUUCUUGCCCUUUGAGGCUCCAGGCGUCUCACAAAUGUGUAAAUAGUGAAAGUUUUGUGUUUCAUGAAUGUCUGACAGUCUGGCGGUAAGAUUCUGUGAUGUUGUCUCUUGUGAGCCAUGAGAGUGGUACUGUUUAGAUCCGUGUUUGUUUACAUGUGUCCCCCCGCACGUCUAAAACUGUAGUCGUAUUGAGUGUUUGCCGUGUGAUGCUCUCCUUAGUGCUGCAUAGUUUUCUUGGAGCACAUCUACCAAGAUUUAAUGAUUCAUUGCUCUAUAUUUUUGUACUCUUGUCUCAGCUGUGCCACUGAGUUUUUUUUUUUUUUUUUUUUUUAUCUUUUCCUUUUUCCGGUUUCCUGUCUUGCAAAACAUUAUAGAAAUAAGGAAACUUUGCGCCCCCAUGUUUUUUUUUUUUUUUUAGCGUUUCCUUUCCAACGGUUUCUAUCCGCUCAAGUCGGCUACAGUUUUCACAACCAUCACCCUUCAAUCGGUGUCUUGUGUAACUUUACUGAAACUAGAAAGACCCAGUAAGAUGUUGCAGGAAAACUAAACAUAUGAAGCUACUUGGAGAUGAUGUGAACACACUAGGGUGAAAAUGCUGACUUAAAUUAGAAAAAAAAGCUAUUGUGACUUUUGCCAAAUUAUGGUUUGUGUUUGAGGAAAGACAAACUGUUUACCCUUUCUGUAGAAAGACGGUUUUCAUCGCAAACAAAACAUGAUCAGAUAUCUCAAAUUUCUAGAUAUAACUGAUGUUAAUCUCCUUUUUAUUUCUUUUAUUUCCUAGGUUUAAGGUACGUUUAACAGCUACUUAAAUGUUUUGGGUACUUUUUAAUUUAUUUAAAAGGAAUAAAACUACAU